GAAUUAGGGAAAGAGAGAGACAGUGUAGAGAAGAGUGUGAGUCCCGCUCCGUGCUGCACAUCUUCAACUCGGUGCUGCUGUAUCCUCUUCUGGACCAGACAAUGAUGCCCUCUGAACUCCUCAUCCCCGGCUGGUUGCAGCACCUGCUCAUCGUGCUCCUGAAGCUGAGCCUCUCCUUCGCUUCCCCUCUAAACGCUACCAACGCGACAGCAUGCACGGCUCGAGGCCCCGCCUCUUACAUCCUAGUAUUUACUGGCCAGUGGAGCCCGCAGAUGUUCCCGAAACAGUACCCUUUAUUCCGACCCCCUGCGCAGUGGUCCAAACUCGUAGCUGUCACCCACAAUGAGCAGUACCGGUUGUGGCAGGAAGGAAAGAUGGCAAGCUCCGGUGUAAAGAGUUUUGCUGAGCUCGGUGUCACGGUUGAGCUGGUAAAAGAGGCAAGAGAAUCAAGGAAGAGGAGGAUGGUGGGCGCCAUGUAUCGCACAGCAGGGAUCCCAACUGGAGUCGGCCACAGCUCCACUGAGCUCGUACUGCAACCCAGGAACCCACUGCUCUCCUUGAUGGUGAAAGUGAUUCCCAGUCCCGACUGGUUCGUCGGGGUGGACAGCGUAAACCUGUGUGAAGAUGGGCAAUGGAAAGAGGAAGUGACUUUCGACCUGCACCCGUUUGAUGCUGGGACCGACAGCGGCUUCACUUUUUCUUCGCCCAAUUUUCCCACGAUGCCCCCUGAGAACAUUACAGUGAUCACAUCCCAGAAGCCGAAUCAUCCCGCAAACUCGUUCUAUUACCCGAGGGUGUCUGAGCUCCCGCCGCUAGCCACCAUCUGGCUGAAGAGACAACCUCGCUCACCCACGCGUCAACACAACCACGUGUCUAAUCACAUCCUGCCUCAACUCAGCAAAGCCCUGCAAUUUACAGAAACGCCGCUGGACUGCGAGGUAUCGAUGUGGUCAUCCUGGGGGCUGUGUUUGGGGCCGUGCUCCAGAGGAGGGGUGCGCCAUCGUACCCGCUACAUCCUGUUGAAACCUGCUAACAGUGGCUCCCCCUGUCCCGAGCUGGAGGAACAGACAGAGUGUACGCCGUAUAACUGCCUGGUGCAGCAGUGAUGCCCGUUUCAGUGCUGGCACACAAACACAGAAACACACACACAUACUGUAGAACACGCACACACUCUCCAUUUUUCUUUCUUUCUAUCUCUGUCUAGAUCCAGAGCUGCUUUGAGAUGCAUGGCAGUGCUAUGUAAUGUCCACAGAGCUCACAGAGUCAGAGGUCAUGCUGACUGGUGACCUAACACACCAGUUCCACCUGGAAAAAUAUGAUUCCCACAUUCAGCUUACAAAGAAACAUUGUGUUUUGUUUUUUAUGUUUUUUUUUUUUUUUACAUAAUUUGCGAGCAACACUACUACCGUGAGCUAAAUUUUGAAAAUGUCAAAUGUUAGGAAUUGGAUAUUUCCUUUUGUUAUUAUUAUUAAUCUACAUUUCACAACAGCACUGAGACAAAAGUACUUCAGUUGUGGAAUGAGUUUGACCAACAGUGCCCUCCACUAGUACACUUUAAUUGAGCCCAGGAAGACAGAAAUCUUACACUGGGCCACUUCAGGCCAAUGAGUUUCUUAACAUUAUUAGGCUGACAGUUCCCGUAGCAUAAACUUAUAUUAUUAUUAUUAUUGUAUUUUAUUGUUUUGGUCCCCUUCACAGCCUUUGAAAAGUUGUAUAUAUGAUGUAUUUAAUCAUUUUCUCCUUUU